CAUCCUCUUUUCCAUCUACAACAAUGUCAAAUCAACAAACCCAAGACAAUAACACACCUUUAGUACGCCAUGAACACGAUGAAAAGACUGGCAUCCAUCGUAUCAUACUCGAUAGACCAAAAGCACGUAAUGCAAUAUCUCGUAAAGUAUUGCAAGAAUUAGACAGUUGUUUAGAUAGGGUUGAGGAUGCAUCGCCGCCACCACAAACACACCCUGCAAGAUGUUUAAUCUUGUGUAGCAGUAGCGAUAAAGCAUUUUGUGCGGGAGCAGAUCUAGCCGAAAGAAGGACAAUGUCACCGGAAGAAAUUAUUGAAUAUUUAUCAAAAUUACGUAUUGUGAUGGACAAAUUACAAAAUAUGCCCGUUCCAACGAUUGCUGCAAUUGAUGGUCCUGCUCUAGGAGGUGGAUUGGAAUUGGCACUUUGUUGUGAUUUUCGUAUCGCUGCUCUUGCUCGUCAACCUGCCGCCGAAGGAGAAAAUUCAGAAAGUGCACCUCUCAGACCACUUUUGGGAUUUCCAGAAUGUCAAUUAGGUAUCAUUCCUGGAGCAGGUGGAACACAAAGAGCAGCAAGGUUGCUCGGUGUAAGUCGUGCAAAAUCACUCGUCUUUACCGGAAAGCUUCUCGAUGCUGAAGAAGCACAUUCUUGGGGUUUAGUAGAGUACGUUUGCGAUUCACCCUCACAAAGUGCAGUCGAACGUGCAAUAGAAUUGGCACAAAAGAUGCAGAAAUCUGCUCCUUUGGCUCUUUCAGCUGCCAAGGCUGCGAUUGAUGUAGGAGAAGAAAUGGACUUACAACCCGGUUUGGAUUGGGAAGCUGCUUGUUAUCAUGCCCUUUUGCCAACUCAAGAUAGACGUGAAGCUUUAACUGCUUUUGCUGAGAAACGCAAACCUCAAUUCCAGGGUCGUUAA